CUCCUCCACCUCCCAUCUCCUCGUUGCAGCUCCGGCGAGCCUCUUUUCUCUGCCCUCAAGUGUGGUUGCUGUAGGACUAGGGAAGGGACACUAAAAAUAUUUCUGGAAUGACGUGACCCCCUCUCGCCCCAUCCAGGAAAGGGCCGAGGCUUCAGGAGAAAACAGCACAUGCUUUCCUUUCAUUUCUGGGAGUCCCGGGGUCGACCUGCAGAUGCUGCUCCUUCCGUGGCCGGUGGCAUUCAGACUCCCAGCUGCCCACGGUGCCAGGGAAACAACUGGACAGGACAGCUCAGCUGCCGGACGCUGGCCACAGUCUCAGCCAGCGCAGCAGCCCCCCAGCCACAGACCACCUCUGCUGCCCCAUCCAGGCGCCUGGCCGGCUCCCGCAGGCUUGCCACGGCCCCGCCACAGAGGCUGAGCAACUGGCCGGGGGUGGCUGCAGCGGCCUCGGUGCCUACAGCUUUGGGGCUAGUCCAGGCACGUGGGACCCUGCUCCGGGCCACUCUGCGGCCCCUCCAGGAGCUGAGAGGCACCCAGGGCAGCCCCAGGGCUCACCAUUGCCUCUUCCUGUCGCUGAGACCCGGGCGAGGGCUCCGGAUGGAAGCGGCCCCUCCCGAGCUGAGUUCGCAGGCUGCACCGGUGGAAGUGGGGGACGAGGGCAGCGGCGCUCCAGGCAGCCGGGAGCUCAAGCAGCAGCUGCGGCCACUUCCCAAGCCUCCGGCCUCCUCCCAGCGAGAGGCGAAGUAUGUGGAGAUGUGCGCUUCAGCCGGAGCCCCGAGGGCCAGUCCCCGCAGCGUGAAACUUACCCUGGAGCACCAUCCUGGGGACCAGCGGGCCCCGGGGAGCCCGAAGGAGAAAGCCCAAGAGGAGCCCAACGGCCGAGAGCAGCAGGCGCCAGCUCCCGGGAAGAAUCCUGCUGCGGCCGCACCCUCCAGCGCCCGGCUCUCCCGCACUGCAGAGGGGGAUGGCAGCUUCUCCUCCUCCGUGUCCUCGUCCCCAGUGGACGACGCAGAAGAGGACGGCCUUUCCAAAACGGCCGAUUCUGCCACAUCCACGGGGGCUCUGGCCACCUCCUCUUCGUCCUUAGGCUUUGAGAGUGAGGGCAGUGAGAUCCUGGGGAGCUGCCAGCCCCGGGGGGAAGAAGGGGCCGGCGGGGGAGGGGCAGGGGACAGCACGGAGUGCAGGGACAUCAUUGCCAAGUCGCAGGGCAGCAGGGAACCCCCCAAACACGAGGAGGCUCACUACAUCACCACCCACGAGAUCCAGCUGAGUGAGGUGGAGCAAGAUAUGGAUUUCGACGUGGGCCUGGCCUCCCGCUGGGAUUUCGAAGACAACAACGUGAUCUACUCGUUCGUGGACUAUGCCUCCUUUGGCGGCAGCGACGAGACCCCAGGGGACAUCACCACCCCGACCGAAGAGGACGACGACAACAGCUGCUACCUCAGCACCACUCCCAGCACCAACGCCACGCGGACGCCCAGCCCCACCAGCAGCGACCUGGUCCGCCCCAGCGCCGGCAGCAGUGGUCGUGACACCAGCAGCACGGAAGUCGGCAGCGGCCCCCCUGACGGUGACCCCACUCCCCCACCCACUGGCCCUGGCACUGCCACCCUGCCUGAGUCCUUGCCGGAGCACGGGGAGGCAGCUUCAGGGGCAGCAGCCGCCGCAAGCAGCUGUGGGAGUGCAGCAAGCCAGAUCCUCCUAUCAAUCAAACCGACUUCCCGGGCUAUAAAUGAGCCUAGCAACGUGCGUGCAAAGCAAAACAUUAUUUACGCUGCCAAGCAUGAAGGCGACAUGAGCCUCCGCGUCUCUACAGCUGCUGAACACAAUUCAAGUUCCCUGAAGCAAAACCCGGCUGCAGCCGUGGCUCAGGACCAUGCAAAGAAAUUCAUUGCCGUCCCUGCUCGCCUACAAACCAGGUGCGGGGCCAUCCGAGCGAAGGAGCUGGUGGACUACUCCAGCGGGGCCUCCAGCGCCGUGAGCGAGCUGGACGAUGCCGACAAAGAGGUGCGUAACCUGACCUCCCGAGCCUUCCGGAGCCUUGCGUACCCCUACUUUGAGGCUCUCAACAUCAGCUCCCGAGAGUCCUCCGCCACGCUCUCCGAAGUGGGCUUUGGGCGCUGGUCGACCUUCCUGGAUCUAAAAUGUGGGGGCGUUGGAGCCAGGGUGGAGCAGAGCCUGCUGAGGAGCAGUGCGGCCUCUGUGGCUGCAGGGCUGAGGAAGGGCUGCGGCGCCAAGGCCGCUGCUGCAGACCAACUCUACAUCCAGUCCAAGAAGUCCCAGACCAAGGCCUUGGAGUUCGUGGUCAGCAAGGUUGAGGGGGAGAUCAAGCACGUGGAGACACCCCUGUGCUUCCAGAAGCAGGUGCAGACAGGCCCCCGCGUCGUCACGCUGCUGGAACCGCUGAACCUCCGCAGUGAGAGCAAGGCCAGCUCAGCUGCCGGGCCCUCCAGGGCCCCCAAAGGCUCCGGCAAGGCUUCUGGGUCGGUGUACACGGACGAUGGCUCCGAGACCUCUGAGAGUGGCAAGCCAGUCCCCCGCGCGGAUGGCUCCCAGAAGAAGUCCAAGUUUGCAUCCAGCCUGCUCAAAAACGUCAUUUCCAAGAAGAUGCAGCGGGAACACGAGUUCAAAAUGGAGAGGGGAGAGGUCAGCGAUACGUCCCACCACAACCUCCCCGGCACCUGCAAGGAGAUGGAAGGGCCUCCUGGCAAUGAGAAGCUGCGGGACAGGGGCCUGCAGAGGCAGAACUCCCGCCAUUCGGAGGCCGGCUCUGAGUACACCGUGGUCAGCGUGUCCGACGCAGGCGGGGAGGGCUCGGUGGUCGGCUCUAAGUCCCCAGUGUUCAAAGCUAGCACUCCUCGGGAGAGCACCGCGGGCUCCGGCCGGAAUAUCACCGAUGGACACACAGAAGUGUGCGAAAUUAAAAAGAGUGCCUCGGAGACGGUCAAGGGCAUCUUCCUCCGGAGUCAGAACAGCGCCUUCCGGUCGUGGAAGGAGAAGGAGGCGGAGAAGCGAGACGAGAAAGCUCCGGUCGGAAAGCUCAAGCUCCCCAAAGGGGGCGACUGGAGGGCUGACCUCGGCGAGAUCUCGGCCAGCAAGUCCACCAUCAUGUCUCGCCUCUUUGUCCCCAAUAUUCAGCAGACACCCAAGGACAAGCUCCCCGGGAAGCAGGCCACCAAGUACCCCGCUGCCCAGGCCACCUCCACGGCGGUGAUCAGGCCCAAGGCUCCGGAAAUCAAGAUCCGGCUGGGGAGCGUGCAACAGCCCAGCUCGGACUUCAACAUCGCCAAAUUGCUCACGCCCAAACUGGCGGGGGGCAGCUCCUCCAACCUCUUCAAGACCAUCGAGGACAACAGCAGGGCGCAGCAGAAGCUCUUCCGGGGGGACAACCUGGAAAAGGUGCCCCAGUUCCAGGUGAGAGAUGUCAGAGACAAGUCCAAGACUCAAGGGCCCCUCCACCAGGUGAGAGACGUCAGGAAACUCAUCAAAGGGUCGGGGGAUAGCAGUGACAAGGGCAGCGUUACCCCAGAGCAGGGGCUGACCGGGCCCAAGCCCAGGCAGCUGGCUCCUGCAUCCGGUGGAUCUGGAUCCCUGUCCCCGAUGGUGAUCACGUGCCAGGCUGUGGUGAACCAGGGAGAAGACAGCACGGACCGAGAGCCCAGGGAAGGCGUGGGCAAAGGGGGCAGCAGCAGGGUCUUGGAUCCCUCCUCCUCCCCAGAGGGGACGGUCUUGGUUCACAGAGCAUCAGGCAGGCUUCCUGUGGCCACCAUCGCGCCCAACAAGCCUGAGCAGGGCUCCUACCUGCCUGUGCUUAAGAUUGUCUCCAAGGCUUCCGCCCAGAAGACCCCGGAGAAGGUCAAGGAGGAGGAGGCGGCCAAGGAGGAGGGGAAGGCCCCCAAACCAGCCCGGAAUGCCCUGGAGAAGCUGACUGCGGCAGUGAGGUCCAUGGAAGAGCUGUACAGCUUCAACAGGAACGAAUGGAAACGCAAAAGCGACCCCUUGCCCAUGCUGACCGACAGCCACGUCCUGUCGCUCAUCGCCAGCGAGGAGAGGGAGGGCGGCGUGGGUGCCGAGGGGGACCCCGACAAGCUGGCCAAACGGCUGAGUGAGACGGAAGAGCGUGGCCCGGCGAGGAAAGGCGCCGCGGUGCUGCGCGGGGCUCCCCUCGAACGCCUGCAGCGCAGAAACUCCAACCCCAGCGCCGACAGCGUGUCUGCCCGCGCCGCCGCCUUUGAGAACCUAGCCAGGGAGAGGCCCCGGUCUCUCUACAUCCCCCCGGUCCACAAGGAUGCGGAGAGAAGCCACCCACUGCAGCCCCUCCCGCCCUACCCCAGCAACCGCAACGUGCUCACCGUGAAUGCCGGCAGCACCCAGAAAACCGGUGGCGUCGCCGGCAAGUUCCCCCAGGGGCCUUCUCCGGAGAGCCCCUCAGCAGUCAAGGGCAUCAAGGCGCAGGGACUACGGUCGCUCAAGAUCUCUCCGGCCGCGCGGGCACCGCCUCCCGACGAGGCGAGCAGCAGGAAAGGUGGCCUGGGCCUGGAGAAGAGCAGCAGUGACUGUGAGAGUUACCUGACCAUGCCGCUGAAGGCAGGCUCUGCGGCUGCCGGGGGGCUUCCUGGCAGGCCUGGAGCUGCAGCAGAGGCGCCCCCCGCCUCCUCAGCGGCCACGCUCUGCAGCUUACCCCCACUCAGCGCCCGCAGUCAGAUCCCCAGCAGCCCCAAAGGCUCUCAGGUCAGUGGAACCAGCCGGCCUGCGUGGCGAACCAAGCCUGACAAUUCCCGGGAGACCAUUGCUGCUGCUACUGCUGCGGCUGCUGCAGCCGCUGCAGGGCCACGAAGCCCCGAGCAUCCCCCUACUGCUAUCUACCACCAACCCUCACUGCCCUUCACCCUGCAGGGAACCCAGCCUCAAGUCCUCUGCUUCUCCCCGCCUGGCAUGCCUGCCCCAGCACCUGCAGGCCCAGCUGCCGUCCCCACAGACCCCUUCCAGCAGCCGCAACCCCAGCAGACCCAGCGGAAGAUGCUCCUGGAUGUGACAACCGGCCAGUACUAUCUGGUGGACACCCCAGUGCAGCCCAUGACCAGGAGACUGUUCGACCCAGAGACGGGUCAGUAUGUGGAUGUGCCCAUGACCUCCCAGCAGCCAGCUGUGGCUCCCAUGUCUCUCCCUGUGCCUCCCCUGGCCCUGAGUCCUGGGGCCUAUGGACCCACCUACAUGAUCUACCCGGGGUUUCUUCCCACGGUGCUGCCCCCCAACGCCCUGCAGCCCACGGCAAUCGCUCACACGCCGGGGGGCAGCGAGCUCUCCCCCAUGGCGGCAGAACCCCCCAGUAAAGAGGCAGCUGCGACGUUCUCUGAGGCGCCGUACUUCAUGGCCUCCGGACAGUCUCCAGCCUCCCCUUCCUCCUCGGCCCCAGCAGCCACGUCCCAGCUCGUGGGGGCCAAGGGCUUUGCCCAGCUGCACGGCAAGCCCGUCAUCAGCAUCACUUCGCAGCCCCUGGGGCCCAGGAUCAUCGCGCCCCCUUCCUUUGACGGCACCACCAUGAGCUUUGUGGUGGAGCACAGAUGAUGGCGGUCACCAGGGAUCCAGAGGGAGCAGCUGCUGGAGCAAGACAGAAAUGUGGACUAUUCUUCUUUAAAGUUGUGUUGUAAUAGCACUAAGAAUUCAUCUGCAAAACUUCUUCCACAUGUGUUGUUUUUAAUUUUAGCUUCUUAUAAACCAAGUGUGUAAGUUUCUGUAUUUUUCUGAACAAGCUUAUUAAGGCAAUUUUUGUUAUUUUAAUUUUGCAAAGGUGAUUGAAUGCUUGCAUUUUCCCACCCCCAUGAAGCUGUGUUUUUAUACUUUAAUAUGGGGUAUAAGCUUUCUACUCAGCUUCUUCCCUCCUACACUUACAACUUGACAAGUGCUCCCUUGAGUAUUUCCAUUGCUCAAUCCAAACGUACAAAAGAAAGGGAUUGGCUGUGUUGUAAACCAAGUCAGAACAUCAGUAAUAAGGGUCACAGAGCUCCUUCUAGGUUCUUAGAUUAUGUGAAGACUAGCUGGCAAAGUUGUCGUGCAUAUUUAGGUUUUACGUACGAUCGUGGGUCUGCACUUGGAAUCCCAUGCCAGCCAAACUAGUCAUUCUUGAUUGUGCACUAUGUGUUCUGUUACUGAGUUUGGCAUUAUUUCAAAUGUGAUUGCGAAAAACAGUUGUUUUAACUUUUGUGCUUUAAUUUUCCCAUUUGUACAAGGCCAUGACACUUAUUUGUUGCCUUAAUAUAGAAUGGUUUGGGUUAUUGAAGAGCUGGUGACUGCAUUUAAAAUUAAAUUCUUAGGCUCAGAAAGGUAUGACAUAUCUAUUCCCUUUUAAAAAUUCAACCCUCAUUGCAUUUUUUUCCUUCAAUGAUUCCCUCCAUAGAUGUACACUCCUGCCUCUCACGGGAUGUUUGGGACCUGAGGAGUGGCGUGUUUAGGGCAGUAGAACAGAAAUGAACUCUGACUCAAUGGCUCUGAUUCGCUCCAGUCCCAGACAUCCCCCAAGCAGGAACCUGGCAUUGGCAGCACCUGCUCCUUAUGAGGCAGGUUUUAUAAGAUGCCAAGAACCCGUCGAUUUUCCACAUUGCCUCAGCUGUAACCUAAUUCUGAAGGCUAUCUGAGUGUGUGCUCACAGUGAGUCUUGAAGAGUUGGUUGAACUACAGACAUUUAGCUUAUCUUUUAAACUGAUAGCAGUAGACACUCUAGUUGAUCUUAGCCACAAGGCUCUCAGAGUGACCAGUUAGACUCUGUAAAGGACAACUCCAUUUCACUUUCACAGCCGGAAAUUCCUUAAUGGGCCUUUACUCUACAAAAAGUUUUCUUGGGGGAAGGGGAAAGGUUUAAGGCAGCAGGAAUAAUCAUUUCUUGUUAAAAUUCAGUCAUAUCUUGGACUGAUGAGCAGUGAAAUGAAGCCAUAGCCUCCGGGGGACAUGAUACAUGAGGCAUGUUGCCUCUGUGCCAUAUUCUUUAUCCUAAUGGCUCUUGGCCAGGUACAUCAAUGGAGUCACCCCACAACCUAACUUGGGAAGACAAAUCUUACAGCAUCAAUGCUUACUCAUUUUUAGGAGGCUAGCUGGGUAUGAGUUUACUUAAUAUUGAGACAAGAAAGUUGAAUGUCUUUCAAAGGACUAAACCUAUACAAAGAGCAGCACCAUGAAAUCCCAGGCAUUUGAGCACAGCUGGUGAAACAUAUAUGGUUUAGAUAGAUAGUACCCAAGCUGUUACGAUGAUUUUAAGAUCACAUGUGGCUUUUAGGAGAGCCCAGUGGCCAGGUUGGGACUCAUUGUUCAUCAAGGCCCUCAAAAAAAGAAACACUUCCUUCUUUAGAAAUGUGGUAGAGUUGAGGGACUGAGGAUCCACAAGAUAUAUAUCACCAGCAGAUCUGAGCCUUAAAUUCUCAAGAAGUAGGUCAGAAACUAGAAAAGAAAGGAGACAUGUUUGUUUGUUAGUUCUGUUCAAUAGGCUGCCACCCUCUGAGAAGCAGCUAAGGAUGUAGUGAAUGCCCAAGUGGUUACAAAUGGAACUUUCCAGUGGAAUUUUAUGAAUGCUAUAUUGCCUGUUGAUACUUUAAUGGUUCUCUAUUUCAUCAAACCAUACGAAGCUGCUAGGAUAUUUACUACCUCAAGUUAUUGGGAAAGAACAUUUUCAUAGGUGUGAGGUAAACCUCGCUUCUUUGUUUCAUUGUUUUGUCAUUUCUUGAGGUUGCAAGGAUAUUUGAAUGAAGUAACUGUGCCCUUCCUUUUUCAACCAAUGUGGAAUAUGACAAGUCUAUGAAGCCUUCUGACCCAUAGAACUAUUACCCCAACAAUGUCCGUUUAGCUACUGAACUGCCCUUUCAUUUUCAUGUCCUAAAUAAUGCCUUGAGCUUGAAUCUAAUCACAAUUGCAAUAUGGUUUUUGUGCUUUUGUCUCAUGGUUCAUGUGUGGCUCAGUUUUCCAGAAGAACCACAGGGCUUUGUCUGUAGAAAUCUUGAUCUAUUUCCUCUUUAUCCCUGUUGGUAAAAGGAUCAUAUUGAAAUAUGCCCUGAUUAUUUCUGGAAAACUGAACACGUUUGUAACUAGUAUGAAAAUUUAAUUCUCUGGAAUGUAUUUUCUUGAAAGCACUCACUGAAAUUGCCCUCAGGAUUAAAUGGAGCCCAGAUAAUAAUGACUUAGCAUAUGAGUUUUUUAUAUGUUUGUUUAUCACUGAGUAAACAAACCAAAAUUACAUUUUGCCAUUUUAUGAUAAAUCUGAAAUAUUAACUCACAUUGCAAAUUAAUCCUUACAUCGUUAGGGGAUAUCUAAUGAUAUAAAUUCUUUUUUUUAAUUUCAGAUUUGACUUUAUCAUCCCUGCCUUAAAGAGAUUUAAUGCAUUUUAAUUGCUUUUCUACUUCAUAGAUAUGAAAGUCUGUGUUUGCUACAAAUUGAAUGCUCAUGUUACCAGAAACAGUACUUUGGACUGCAGGACAGUAUUGAUUCCUCAGUAGACUGACUAUAAUCUCAUAAUAAAUAUGUGUAUGUGCAUGGGAAAACACAUUCAACAAUAGUCUUUGUGUUUAAAAACUCUCAUGGUAUACAAUUUCCUAUGUGGUGCUGGAGGAGUUUCAUUCUAUGGUUUACAAGGUGUAGGUUUGCACCCCAAAUUCUCAGGGUAUGUAUUUUACCCAAAUACUUGAAAGAAAAAGGUGCCCUGAAUUUUACCAGUACUGUUGAGGAGGAAAAAAAAUGUGUAAGUUUGUUUAUAAAAACUGCUUAUAAAAAUCAAAUUAAUUAAUAUGUUAGGAUAUAUAUAUAUACAUUUACACAUAUAUAUAAGAUAUAUAUUUUGAAGAGACUGCUUAUCUACUCUUAACUAACUUAUGGGUCCUAUGUAGACCUCACAGGUGCAUAAAAUCCUUGGUAAAGCAUGUGCUAUUGCUAAAUGGUGCCUUGAGCUUGAAUCUCAUCAGAACUGCAGACCCUGGCCCCCAGCAAAGCAAGCACGUCCACAGGCGGCACGUGGGCUGAGGCCCAGGGAGGGUUCUGAAGAUGGGUUCCUUUGUACCCCACCCCAUGUCAGAAGAGAACUGAGGGUUCCUGGCAGCAUCUGUGAGCUGUUAACAUGCAGUGUUUCAUGUUACGACUGUGGCACACUCUACCAGAUUUAUUCCUGUUUCAUUCACAAUGGUGCAGAAUAAGAUACACACACAUACACACACAUCCAAUUUGAUUUUUUUCCUUUUUUUCUUUUUUUAAGCUUCAUAAUUGCUGUUUGCAGACUUGUGUUAAUAGUGGAAAGCCCUUCCCAGGGCUCCCUCAAACAGCUACCACACCUGUGUCUGUUUUCUGACAGGUGGUCCUUUCUUUUUCUCCCUUCUUUGAAGAUGUGCAUUUCUGUAUUUACAUAUAAAUCAUACUAUUGUAACGACAGUGAUGGUUGAAAAGAAUGUGCAGACUGUAGAAGUUGUGUCUGAGCAGACAGAGUAAAUUGUGCGAUAAGUAGGGAAGGAUGUGGGAUAAUGCUGAAGUACACCCCUGACUAUGAAUCAAGUCAGUGGGAAAUGGAAAGAAUGUGAAAUUUUAAACUGCAAUCAACACAGAAAUUGCGGUGGAAAAGUUCCUAACUGAAGUCUGAAGUGAUACAAUUAUAGAAUGCAGUGAGCUCGGCCAAGCAGACUUUGAAUCCAGCCCAGUAGUUCUGAGAAUUACCUACUCAGUCUAUUGCAUAUGGAGAAAACUACUUGGACAUGGAUUCCGUGAGACUGGCCUGCUAAUCUUUCAAUCGCCAGCGUUUGUAAAUGACUGUGCAAUUUUGUGUAAUGGUCUUUUAUUUUGACUGUUCUGAAGAAAAAUUUGUUUUGUUGGUUUUUUUUCCAGUAAAAGUAACUGCAAAAGAA